AUGGAUCCCUAUGUAGCAUUCAUAAAAGGCUUGCUCUCUGAGAAGAAGGCCUUGAAGGGAGAUGAAAUAGUGGUCUUGACCAAGGAAUGCAGUGCACUGAUUCAGAGGAAGCUACCAAAGAAGAUGCUAGAUCCUAGAAGCUUUCUGAUUCCCUGUGCCAUUGGGAAUGUCACUUUUGACAAAGCCCUGUGUGAUCUUGGCUCAAGUAUCAAUCUGAUGCCUUUGUCUGUGAUGAAGAAUCUGGGAAUCCAAGAGGCACAACCAACAAGGGUAGCACUGCAAAUGGCUAAUAAAUCUCUUAGACAGGCAUAUGGGCUAGUGGAGAAUGUCUUGGUCAAGGUUAGAGAGCUCUUCCUCCUGGAAGAUUGUGAUACUUGA